AUGGCUGCCCCACACGCAAGACACCGAAGUCGCCGACUCAACCUCUCACUCACACAUACACAGCAACCCAUUACAACGCCAAUGACCGAACCAACGAACGCGAGUGACUCGAGAACUUCAAGUGUAACGCCAGGCCGUACGAGCGUAGCGCGUGUCGCAUGUAAAGCAUGUCAUGCACGGCGAGUUAAAUGCGACGCUGCGGAUAGCCAACCCUGCUGGCAUUGUCGUACGCGUGGUACAGAGUGCGAAUUGAUAGAGUCGAAGCGUGGAAAAUAUGCAAGACGGAGUAAUGCCCAAUCCCGACAGAGGCGCUCAUCUAGGCGCGUGCAACAAACCGAAAGUCCAGCUCCUGAUGCAGAUGGAAUCACCAGUGUUGAGAGUAUCGCUGCCGCAACUUCUCAGAACGAUGAAAAUGAGCAGCACCAAAUCAGAGAAUCAGAUACCACACAGAAUACUCAGCAACAACCCCUACCAAAUCUGACCCAAGCCAAAGACCGAUCUUUCUUUCUCGGCGAUUCGAGUAGUCUAUCCUACAUCAUCGAGCUGAUAUGUGCCCCAAGGAGUGGUAUCAGUGAGCCAGUCAAGGUGCAUUAUCCGAUUCCAGCAUCGAUAGCUGAAAGGACAGUGACUCCAAGUCGGCUUCAAACUGAACCACUGCGUUUACAAGACGCACUAACACUUCCGUCAAGAGAGAUAUCCGACCGUCUCGUGUAUGUGUUCUUUGAUAUAGUACACCCUCCUUGGCCUGUUGUCGACAGAAAGUCAUUCCUUCAGGCCUACCGAGAGGAUAGAGCAUCGCCCCUGCUGUUGCAUGCCAUGUUUCUCGUAACUUUCAUCUUUUGUGAUGAAAAUCUUAUUCAAGAUGCUGGAUUCACUGAUCGUGCCGCGGCACGCAAAUAUCACUACCUCCGCGCCAAGACUCUGUACGAUGUUGAUCAUGAGACUGAUCGAGAUAUACUGGUUGCUUCGCUUCAUCUUCUGGGAUUUUGGUGGAACGGGCCAGAUGAUCAGAAAGAUGCAUGGUAUUGGUCAGGUUGUGCAACAUCAUAUGCCCAGUCACUAGGUUUACAUCGCUCGUUUGUUACCCGCUUUUCCUUCUUGGCUAUAGCUGACAGUUUGGUAGGACAAUUACUUCCAGGUUCAGUCCUGAGAAAAGGGCGUUGCGAAAACGCAUAUGGUGGUCUAUAUACAAUUCGAGAUGAUGAUUGCGACAUCGAACCUGUCACUGAGGCUGACCUCUACUUUGACGAUGUAGUCGACGACCCUCUUAUACCACCGCAAAAGGAAUACCACACAGCCUUCUUCAUUGAAAUGCGUAAGGCUGCUGAAAUCUUGGGGGACAUUGUCAUUGGAGAAUUUAGUCCUCGCCGUCUUGCACUGGAACAGUAUGAAGUGCCUAAACUGAAAGCAAGACUUGAGCAAUGGGAGUCACAGUUACCAAAGUGCAUGCAAAAGCAACCACUUGAUGAGACGCUGGGGGCAGCAUUCUGGGCUACUCAAUUGCAGAUGGCCUACCAGAACUACUUUAUCCUUUUGUUCCGGCCCAAAGUAAUCGACGACAUGUCACCAGCGGAAGCUGAAAGGGACAAGACAGCGCGAGCUGCGGCUGACUAUAUCACUCGCAUGACAGAAGAUCUGAUCGCUGUCGGGACAUUACGCUAUACCCAAAUGCAUACUAUCCCGGCCGUCUUUGGAGCCCUCUCAAUCCACACGCUCGUCAUCUGUCGAAAAGACCCUAUUCGGCGACAACUAGCUGGCAAUAAAUCACGACAAUGCAUCCUCGCACUUAGUGAAAUGGCAAAGUCAUGGCCCAUUGGUCUAUGGAUAACGAAGCUGUUUGUGAACCUCUUGAGACGACUCACAGGUCAGGGGUCGGCCUUGUCUGCAGGAUCAAUAGUUGAUGUGACGUCUCGCAUUGCAAAUACAACCCGCGAUAAUGAGGGUCCCGCUUUAGAACCUUCACGAGUCAGCGCAUCACAAAACCCGGAUGAUAGGAUCAAUGGGUCCAGUCAACAGAAUAAUACGGCGCUUGGCUUCUUUGACAAUGCUAAUGGUCCAGGGAUGGGAGAGCAGCAAACAACUAAUAUGUUGCAACAACCUGCUGAUGAGUUCGGAUUUGGCUCGUUUUGGUCUGAAGAUAUCAUCAAUGUCGAUUUAUUGCUUCAGAAUGGAUUAUGUCCAUUACUCCCGGCUGAUUUUGGUCUCAUGCCCCCUGGGACAUUUGGCCUGUGA